AUGUUCUCUGACAUGCUGAUGGACGUCUACCGCGACGAAAGUUCCGGGAUCCACAUCGCCUCCAGGACGAACGGCCACCUCUUCAAUCAACGCCGGAUCUACUUCCAAUCUCGCGUAUCCACAACCACCGUUCACGAACUUCCCUUCGCCGACGACUGCGCCCUGAACACCACCACGGAAGAGGACAUGCAAUGGAGCAUGGACCUCUUCUCCGUCGCCUGCGAGACCUUCGGUCUGGUCAUCAACACGGAGAAGACGGUGGUCAUGCAUCAACCGCCACCAAACACAAUCCCUCAGCACAAUGCGCCACAGAUCAGCGUGAACGGAACCCAACUGACAGCGGUGGACAAUUUCCCAUACCUUGGCAGUACCCUCUCCCGUAGCACGAAAAUCGAUGACGAAGUGGCCCGCCGGAUCUCAAAGGCCAGUCAAGCAUUCGGCCGCCUUCAAAGCACAGUUUGGAACCGUCACAGUCUGUAG